AUUACGUAAUCGCUUAUAUAACUGUUUCAGCUUUGGUUAAACAAACAGAAGAUAGAUCCAUAUUCAAUGACAUAAUUGAGGAUAAUGGUAAUCUUUUCUCUUUUCAAGCUUAUUCAUGGAUCAUGGACCAUAAUCUGAAAUGUUGGUGGAAAAAUUGAUCAUACAAUCAAAAACCCAGAAACUUUAUGAUGAGCUGUGUAAAUUUUGUUCAUUUAAUUUGAUAGAUGGAUAUUCCAUGACAUAAUUGGGGACGAUGGAUAACCUUUUCUGAAGCUCAACACUCUCAUUCCUGGUCAAGAAAUUGAGGCAAAAUGGUGCCUCGCUCACACCCUGCUAUUUUUUCCCAAAAAUUCUCACUCACCAGCGCGUUGCUGGUGUUUUCCCUCGUGCUUAACGGAUUAUUGCUUCUUCGUCCACCAAAACAUGGGCAAUUGUUGAGCGAUGAUAAUUGGAAGGGCAUGGGGUGGACCAGAAAAGCCGCAGAGGAAGCAGAAGCAGUAUCAUUACAGUAUCAGUGCUCUGGCCAUGGUUACGUAUUUGUCGAUACCUUUAUAACAGAUGAUAACGGAUCGCUUGCUUGCGAAUGUAAUGCCUGCUACACUGGACUCGACUGUUCCCAAUUCCUUCCAGAUUGUCUUGCAAACGCCAACGAAGGAGAUCCCAUUUUCUUAGAGCCCUUUUGGAUUGCAAAUGCGGAAGCAGCAGCAACUGUAGUACCGGCCUGGUAUCGAAUGAGCUAUGAUGUAAAAGAUGGUUUAGAAAUUUCUCUCAUCUCCCCCGAGUUAGAGAAACAGAUUCGUGCCAUUCACGAGCUGGUGGGAAACGCGGUGACACAAGGCAGAUAUAUUGUGCUGGGAACAGGUUCUCUCCAGCUCAUCAAUGCUGCAGUUUACAGCCUUUCCCCGUUCCAUGCUCCAAAUUCCUCACAAGUGGUUUCGGCUUCUCCAUAUUAUGGGGCAUUUCGAGACCAGAUCGAAAUGUUCGACUCGGUGGAGUCUGUGUGGAAGGGAGACGCGAGGGCUUGGAUAAAACAAACAGAGUCUUUAAAUUCCUCUACGUUCAUUGAAUUUGUAACUUCUCCAAACAAUCCCAAAGGUAUUUUAGAUGAGAGCGUCCUAACAGGUAACAACGUGAGGGCUGUUUAUGAUCACGCCUAUUACUGGCCUCAUUACACUGGAAUCCCCCGCCCGGCCGAUGAGGAUGUCAUGCUUUUUACCCUCUCCAAGCUCACUGGACACGCAGGCUCCAGGCUCGGGUGGGCAAUUGUUAAAGAUUACGAUGUAUAUAAGAGGAUGUACAUGUACGUUCGAGUCAAUACUUUCGGUGUAUCGCACGAUACGCAGCUACGAGCAACCAGAUUAUUAAAAGCAAUUAUAAAUGGUUACAGACAGAGACAGCCCAAAAGAUUAGAAGACGGCCAGACAAAUGAGAAGCAUUUGCUUUUUCACUAUGCUUACAGGGUAAUGAGAAGCCGCUGGCAGCGAGUUGAAAGGAUUUUCAGUGGCUCUGAUCGUUUCUCUCUUCAGAGUUUGGAGCCCGGUAACUGCACAUUUUUCAGAAGAGUUACGGGACCCUCACCGGCAUACGCGUGGGUGAAAUGCGAGAGGGAGGAGGAGAGGGAGUGUGCAGGGGUGUUUGAGAAAGGAGGUAUCAUAGCACGGAAUGGCAAGGCAUUUGAAGCGGAUAGACGUUAUGUUCGGCUGAGUUUGAUCAAGCGAGAGGACAACUUUGAAUUAUUGGAACGUCGCCUUCGGGCUCUCGUUUCUUCUUCGGCCAUUGUUACAUAUUGAUACUAUUAUUUUUCUUUUUUCUUUUUUUUAAGUUUUAAAAUAUGUACAAGUGUAUAUAAUUUUUUUAAAGAAAAUAAUUGAGAAAAAUAAUAUUAUCAAAAAAAUCUGAUCACAAUAUUAUAAUAAUAUAUAUUUUUAAGUUUUGGUA